AUGGAGUCGAUAUAUCUUCAAAAGCACCUUGGGACGUGCUUAACUCAAGGUCUUGCAGAAGUGGCAAGAGUUCGCCCAGUGGAUCCAAUAGAAUAUUUAGCAUUGUGGAUUUACAAGUAUAAGGAAAACGUGACCAUGGAACAACUGAGAGAAAAGGAAAUGGCUGAGUUGGAGCGUGAACGAGCAUUGGCUCUAAUGGAGCAGGAAAUGAUGGAGAGGCUGAAAGCAGAGGAGCUCUUGUUUCAACAGCAACAGCUGGCAUUCCAGAUGGAGCUGGAAAUGCAAGAAAAAGAGAGACAGAGAAUAGAAGAACUGCAGAGAGCUCAAGAACAGCUAGAGAAGCAGAGGAGAAUGAAUGAGGAAAAUAUGGCUAAGAGUGAAGAUACUUUACAUUCAGAGGAAGCAGCACAAGACGCAGGCAAAACCUUGGCUGAAAUCAGCGAUCGAUAUGGAGCGCCCAACUUGAGCAGAGUAGAAGAGCUUGAUGAGCCAAUGUUGUCUGAUGUUGCUUUAAACAUUGAUCAAGAUCUGUAGGAACAACCAGCCUAAGACCAAUAAAUUUUUGUGCUUGUUUCAAAUUUCAAA